AAUCAUAGAUCAGAGUUAUCUCAGCCGUUAUUGACAAUGACUUAGACUUGUUGUCGAAGUCAAUUACUUAACACUCAAAUAAUUCUUUUUAGAGAACAUUUUCUCUCCCUCUUUCGUAAUCGCUUAUUUUUUCAUAGUAACUCGUUAACAAACCCAAUAGAUAAAUUGUGCGUGCCGAACACCAAAUCCGAUCUACAUGCCCAGUGAUCAAGAUGUUGUUUAAUUCUCAACAGGCCAUUUCAUCUCUUCGAACGUGGUUGUCGUGGCUAAACGCUGUUUUCGAUACGUUCGGGUUACGUUGACAGCGGUAGCGAUUUCCACAGAACUUUAAUGACCGACAAUGGGUGACGAUCUUUGCAAUCUCGAUUCUUGGGGCUUGCCUCCUCAAAUUGUCGCCAACUACAAGAAACGUGGUAUUGUGUCCAUGUUUCCUUGGCAAGUGGAAUGUCUGACCAGUGAAGGCGUAUUGGAUGGACGAAAUCUCGUGUAUUCAGCCCCUACAUCAGCCGGUAAAACUAUAGUCGCUGAAAUACUAACAAUGCAAACAAUAUUAGAAAGAGAUAAAAAAGUGUUAAUAAUUCUUCCAUUUGUGUCUGUUGUUCGAGAGAAAAUGCUUUAUUUUCAGGAGUUGUUUGAAGGCACAAAUAAAAGAAUUGCAGGAUUUAUGGGCAGUUAUACACCUACUGGUGGACUGCGGUCUAUAAAUGUUGCUAUUGCCACUAUUGAAAAAGCCAAUGGUAUUAUAAAUCGUAACACAAUUUAUCGUAGGUUGAUGGAAGAUGAUGGGUUACAAGAUAUUGGUUGUGUAGUUGUGGAUGAAUUACACAUGUUGGGCGAUUCAAAUAGAGGAUAUUUGUUAGAACUACUUUUAACAAAAAUCAAAUACAUGUCUAAGAUAAGAAGUAAUUUAUCAAUUCAGAUUGUUGGCAUGUCAGCUACAUUGCCAAAUUUGGAAUUGCUUGCGAAAUGGUUAGACGCUUCUCUAUAUGAGACUGAUUUUCGUCCAGUCCCAUUAAAACAAUAUUUAAAAAUAGGCAAACAUGUUUACAAUGCGAGUAAUCUUACUCUGAAUCAUAUAAUUAAACCCAGUAUUACAUUCAAAAAUGAUCCAGAUGAUAUAAUACAUUUAUGUAUUGAAACUAUUCUUCAAGGCUAUUCAGUGUUAAUAUUCUGUUUUACCAAAAAAUGGUGUGAAUCUUUAGCCUUAGAUAUUGCAUCUGAAAUUAAACGGUUAGGUAGUGAUAAUAAAUCAAAAACUGGAAUAGAAUUAAGAAAUCAAUUAAAGGGUGAAAGUUUAUGUGAUGUAUUGGAACAACUUCGAAGAUGUCCCGUUGGCCUUGAAACUGAUUUAAGCAAAACCAUAUCAUUUGGCGUUGCUUUUCAUCAUGCAGGUCUCACAAUGGAUGAAAGGGACAUAAUCGAAGGUGGAUUCAAACAAAAUAUUGUACGAGUAUUAGUGGCAACAUCAACAUUAUCUUCUGGUGUAAAUUUACCUGCACGAAGAGUUAUUGUCAGAUCACCACAUUGUCAUGGAUUUCCUAUUGAUAUUCUUCAGUAUCGACAGAUGAUUGGACGUGCUGGUCGUAUGGGCGUAGAUACUGCUGGUGAAAGUUAUUUAAUAUGUAAUGAAAAUGAAAGAAAAAUGGGCGAAGAAGUUGCUACUCAGAAUCUUCCAUUAAUUAAAAGUUGUUUAGGAGUUGGACAUUUUUCUAAUUGUCUAAAACGAGCUUUGUUGGAAGUAGUAGCUGGUUGUGUUGUUAGCACUACAGAAGAAGCUUUCGAAUAUAUUAAGUGUACAUUACUUUAUAUGUCAACUAAUGAAAAUUUCAACGAGAAUCCAAUUCAUCAAUGUCUUAAAUUGUUAGUUGAACAUCAAUUUAUACGAGAAAACGACAAUAAAUUAGCUCCAACAAAUCUAGGCCAAGCUUGUCUUGCAGCAUCUGUUACACCAGAAAUUGGUCUCAAAUUGAUUAAAGAACUAGAUAAAGCUAGACAAAAUUUUGCCCUUGACUCUGAACUACAUCUACUUUAUUUAAUUACUCCAUAUUCAGUUAGUGAACAGAUUGGCCAUUUGGAUUGGUUUAGAGUUCUUAAUAUAUGGGAAAAACUACCACAUUCUAUGCGUAAGGUUGGUGACAUGAUUGGUAUCGAAGAAGGAUUCAUUGUUAAAGCUAUGACUGGUACCACUUUUAGUAUGUCUUCAGAUAAGCACAAGUUAGCUAUUCAUAGAAGAUUUUAUACGUCACUUUUGUUACAAGACUUAAUAAACGAAGUUCCUAUCAAUACUUUAGUUGUCAAAUAUGGUACAUCUAAAGGUCUUUUGCAAAGUCUUCAACAAUCAUCAUCUACAUUUGCAGGAAUGGUGACACAAUUUUGUAAAAGACUAGGUUGGUCAUCUUUGGAAUUGUUAAUAUCACAAUUUUCAGAAAGACUACAGUUUGGUGUUCAAAGACAGCUAGUUGAAUUGUUACGUUUAGACUGUUUGAAUUCAAUUACUGCACGGACAUUGUAUAAUGCCGGAAUACACAACAUUCCCGAAUUAGCAUUAGCUGAUAUGCGAUUAGUACAGCGUACCCUAGCCAAAGCAAUUCCAUACCAAAGUAAUGUAAACAAUAAUAAUACUAAUGAUGAAGAAAAACGAAAGAACAUUUGGUUGGCUGGACGAUUUGCUCUUAAUGAAAAAGAAGCAGCUUAUUAUAUUAUAAAUGAAGCAAGACAUCUUUUAAAAAGAGAGCUUGGUCUUAAAUCUGCAAGUUGGGUUGAUUGUAACAUUGAUGAAGAUGAUUUAGACACAACUGUAAAUUUGGUAAAAAUAGGUCCUAUUUCAUCAAAAGAUAUCACUGUAAUUGAAACUAGUCAAGAUAGUAAUACAUCAAUUAAACAUUUGGUGAAUAAUACUGUUCAUAAUUUAUCAAAUUCAUCAAGAAGAGACAGUGUAGAGUUAUUUGCAGAAUCUGAAUGUGCUGACAUUGAACAGUUAGAAAUUCAAAGUAAAGAUUAUAAGCGAGAAAGUUUAGAUCUUUUUGAAGGGUCGUUUGAAAAAUCUAAAUUUAGUAUUACAGUAAGUGCUUGUCAACAGAGUAAUCUAGAUAGUUUUAGUUAUAAAUCGAUUUCUGAUUCCUUUCAAAAUGAGUUGGCUAGUAUUAAAACACCAAAAGUACUGGAAGAAAAAUGGGAUUGUAAUAUUGGAGGUGAAAGUAUUUUGGAGAUGUCUCAGAGAGAUAUUGGUUCUAAGAAACGAAAAAGAGAAGACGACUCUUCGACUGAAAAAGAUAAUUUACGUGUUACAUUUUUAGAACCUCAGCUCAAAUAUAAAAAAAUAGAACCUUCAACAAGUAAAACUAUUGAAAAUUGCGAUAUUUUUGAAAGCACAAUGUUUCCAGAUUCAAUAAGGAUUAACACACAACUUGAACAACUUUUAAACAGUAAUGAUAAGUUAAAUGUAAAUUCGAGUGUAAUAUCUAUUGGAAUGAGUGAUAGUGUAAUGCAACUUGCAUUUCAAAAUACUUUUGAAUCAAUGUCAAAUACAAUAAUAUCUUCAAAGAAAUGUAAUAUUGUCAAUGAUACAUGUAAGCAUUUAGUUAUAUCUGACUCUGAAGAUAUGAUUGCUGGAUCUCAAGAUACCACAUCUAGUGGUCCAUCUCCUCACAAAGAUUCACCACUAAAACCAGACUCAAAUGCCAAUUCAAUAAAAUGUAAUUCCUGGGCUUAUAAAACUAAAUUAGUAGAAAGUACGAAUUCAUUUUCACAAGAACACUUUCCUGAUAUUAAACGUAGGAAAGAAAUAACAUUAUCUUUAAGUGUAUGUCAAGAAGUUAACAACAAACAGAAAAUUGGAGCUAGAAUUGUGAGACGCAGUCUAGAAAAUAGUAACAGCACAAAUUUAUUAAAAUUUGAUGACCAAGUACUUAAAGGUUUUGCAAUUACUUGGAACAAACAGAAUGUCAUACAUUAUAUAGAUUUUGAUAAAAUUGGUCCAUCUGCUGUUAGUUUAUUGAAAAAGUUGUUAUACAAUAAAAACUUAACUGUUAAUAUUAUUGAUGCAAAAUCAAACUACAAAAUAAUUUCUCAAUGUUGCAAUAUCAAGCCUCUUUGCAAAUUCAGGGAUCCUUUUGUAGCCGAUUGGUUAAUAAAUGGUCAACAGAGAAAUUCAUUAGAAAACUUGAUUCAAUGGCAUUUAAACUACCAAGGUAAUAUCAAAAAAAAUAAUUCAGUUUUUAGUGCAUUUAUCACUCAAAAAUUAAUGUUUACAUUAAGACAUCAACUCAGACAAAUAUAUAUUUAUAAAACAUUCAAAGAUAUAGAGAUGCCUAUACAAACAAUUUUGGCAAAAAUGGAACUUUAUGGUUUUGGUCUGAAUAAAGAGUGCUUGGUUAAGUUAAAUAGUAAAGUAAAUAAACUAUUAGAAGAUAUUUCUAAACAAGGACUUGAACUAUCAGGAACCAAGUUUAAUAUGCAAUCUACUUUGGAAUGGGCUAAAGUGAAAAAAAAAUUUAAUUUUACUGAUAGUUCUUCACAUCCUUUAGUUGUAUUGGUAAAAAAUUGGCGAAAAUUAAGUUGUCUUAGAAGUCAUAUUAAUACUUUUUUGGCAACAAAAACUGAUCGUGUUUAUUGUGACAGUAAUUCAUAUUCUAUGACUGGUCGAAUUAGUAUGCAUGAACCCAAUUUACAAAAUGUACCCAAAGAUUAUGUUCUUGAAGAUGAAAUAUUAAGUAUUCGAUCAGCAUUUGUAUCCAAGACAGAUCACACAUUGGUAUCUGUAGACUUUUGUCAAAUUGAGUUACGUGUACUUGCGCAUCUCUCCAAAGAUUCUAAUUUAUUAUCUGCUCUUAAAUCACCUGGAGAUGUUUUCAUAAACUUAUCAUCCAAAUGGCAUAAAAUACCAGAAACUGAGGUGUGCGAUGAAGUCAGGCAAAAAACCAAACAAGUUUGUUAUGGUAUAUUGUACGGCAUGGGUGCAGUAACACUAAGUGAAACAUUGAAUAUUACGGAAGACGAAGCACAUAAACUACAAUCUGAAUUCAAAAGCACAUUUCCUGGGGUUAACAAAUAUUUUAAUGAAUGUUUGUCACAGUGCAAGGCAAUGGGUUUGGUGAAAACUUUGAGUGGACGAAUCAGACAUUUACCAGAUAUUAACAGUGAUAUACCAAAAGUAAAAUCUCACAUAGAACGGCAAGCAAUCAACACAAUUAUCCAAGGAAGUGCUGCAGAUAUAACCAAAAUAGCAAUGAUUAAAGUUGAUAAGGCUGUCAAUCUAAGUUUACUCAGUCAACAUAUUCAUUUAGUUAUGCAUUUGCAUGAUGAACUAAUUUUUGAAGUGGCAAAUUCAGUUUUUGAUGAAGCAUGUUCAAUAAUUGUCAAGACAAUGGAGUCUGCAGUUAAUUUGUGUGUACCUCUACCUGUCAAACUGAGAAAUGGUACUUCGUGGGGUGAUUUAAAAUAAUGAUCUCAUUUUUACAAUUAACUUUUUAACAACUGUU